CYAGGCUGUUGUUCUUAUCACUGUUCCCUGUACARCACAGGAAGAAACCAGAUCUAUCAACACACUCCCACAGAAUUCUUGACAACGAAUUYUGCUCUGUCUGUUUGGUUGAAUUCCUAAAAACCGAACCCAGCCCCAGCAGGKACCUAAGAAAGACCAAGCUCUCAUACUCCACCACAAGUAGUAYCACUCCKCCCCGACAMGACCAUGGAAUCAUCGAUGGCAUCCUCGAUGGCAUCCUCUCCACCAAAACCACCGCCGGAAGGAUCCGUCGCUUCCGAAACCGCGGCGGGCAAGAGCAAUCCCCGAACCUCUACGACSGGACCGCCAUUCCUGAACCGUGCUCCACGAAAGRUGUCCACCGAAAACAACGCAGCCGCUGGCGCGGCGUCUGGGACACUGGARUCGACAGCGACAACAUCGCCGAUGGAAACGACCGGUGGAUGUGGCAGCCCGGGGGGCUGCGUGCUUUCGGAUUCCCCGAGAUCCGGGAGGCCCGCAUCCGGGUUCCGUGCGAAGCCAUUUCCUAGCACCUGGAAGCGCACCGUCACAUCGGCUUGUUCCCCCUUGGCCAAGUACAAACCACCCACCAAGAACCCGCUGGCCUGGUCGUCUCCUUUCGGCAGGAAGAYGGAGGCCCGUUUUGGACGCAUCGGCGAUCCUCUGUCACCGGCCUACCGCCACUCCCUUUAUGUCAAGGAACGACUCAAGCGCCUGAGACAACGUAAGAAGGAGCUUCUUUCUACGCUGUCAUCUUCUCACUCCUGUUCCUCUCGGCCUUGCACCGAUUCAAAUCCAAAGGAGCGGACUGAGGAAAUUGCGAAGCCCGUGGUCAUUGAUUUAUGCAACGAAGACGACGAUUGCAAGGAAUCGACACUCCACGCACUGCCCAAGGCUCCGAAGGAGUCACUGCGGGAUGCUCCCAGUAGCAGUGUAAAAUCAGCACAAACAGGGGGAACGCCGCAGAAAAAUGCAGUCCUGACAGGCACUGCCACGCUGAAACCAAAUACAGAGACAAACCCUACUGAGGAUGGUAUUGGAAAUCCCAAUAGUCGAUCUUGGAGGAAGUUUCCUCUCGAACGAGUCACGGUUGAGGGUCCAGAUAUUGGGUCAAAGACGUACUGUCGACGGGAGAACCAGCCUAUUAUCAAAUACAAUAAUGAUUUGGGAUUUCGAAUUGUGCUAUCCGAAUCAAAAGAGAAGGUCCGAAUAAUUGUUUCCCACGUUUUGUCGUUUUCUCAUCAUUGCCGUCGAGAUUUGAUCUCGAGGAUCGAGAUUCCUGGAGUGGGUAGUUGCGUGCUUGUUCAUUGUUAUGCGAACAUCAACCCGGCAGAUAUCAAGAAUAAAAUGAGAGGGAAAAGGUGUAUGGUGACACUGGAAUUUCAGGACCACGGUGACUUUCAGAAUAUGGUAGAUAUUGCCCUUGAGUACUGCUCUCCGGGAGUGGUCUCGGAAGCGGAAUGGUUUCAUAAGGGGCUAAUUCUGGSCAAUUUAGGAUACAAACCCUCGUCCCCAACAUCAUUGCGAUCAAGAUUAGCACUGAAAAAGGAUGAAGCCCAUGGUGGGCCUCUUUUAAGGCGUCUCGCUACAAGAGCAUCGACCUUGACUGCAACAUGGGAGAGAGUCCAGAAACAAUCCAAGCGUCCAUAUGAAACCUCCAAGGACAGAACCAUAGCCAGUAGGRUCAACACAACUUUUACAUUCGAUAAAACACCCAGUGAUUUUGGCCAACCAGACCCCAAGAAGCAACGUAUUGCCACUGAAGAUGUCACUACAGGARCUGACAUCGAUAAGCACUCCCAAGCCACUGACRAAAUGUCCGUGGAUUCCGAGUCAAAAAAUCCUUCAGAUCCUCAUCCCGAAGAGAUUGCUCGCUAUACCAGUGCUGAUAACCUAGUUGGUGACUCAGUUUCUGGACUGCUUUCGCCCCAACUUUCUCCUUCGCCUUCGCCUUCGCCUUCGGACACGCGUGCCUCGAAGAAGUUCGAGUCGCAUCCCCUCCCAGACGCAACUUCAGCCAAGGGGGGCUACGCAUCUGAGGACAACAAAUCUAUAGGUGCGAAGGAGACGGCUGGUUCGCAAUCUCAUACCAAUGGCAAAGCAACCUCCAACAAGGAAUGCUCAUUUGAAUGGGACGGGACCUUUCAACUCCUUCAACAAGAUUCCUCGAAGCCGGAAGAUGAUUCCAAACCUACAGGUAGCGAUGUUGAUGCUGACGUCAAAGAUGUUGCGAAUGAGAAAGAGGCCGAUGAUGUUCGACAGGAUCAAGGCAGUAGUCUUUGUGACGAGUCGUCCAAUAACGGCGAAUAUCAGUCUUCGAACAAUUCGGAUCUUGAUCGGGCGCCUAGGAGCAGUGUCGAUCACAGUGGAAUCCAAACGACCCAYAAGGAAGAUGCACAGACUCAAACUACGGUAGAGAAAGAAGCCAUUGAAUAUCAUAAUGUUGCAGAAAAUGAGGCAACGUCCGCUCAACGAUACAAUGACAAUAAUGAAGAAAGGCUGCCUAUUGUUCGACAAGUUCUGACUCUCUUCAAGGGAAUUGCAUCCAGUAUUGCGGAAAAUGUCGGUGACGUUCGCAGCGCACAGCAAGAAGACGAAGCWGAAGACAAAGACGAGGAGGAUGACAAACGCCCUGUAGGAGGUGACUCCAUUCCCCAGGAGUGCGUUCUUAUGCCACCGGAAUCCAAUUCAGAAUCCGACGCAGAUUCUGAGGAUCUGACGGUUAACUCCAACCAGGAUAGUGAACAACAGAAUCACAACCCUCUCAUUUCCAUUUCUGUGGGAAACCUUCUCGUGUUAGCCUUGCCUUUGGUUGGACUUGCGGGCAUUUUCUGGAGAUUACGACUCUUUGAUGUUUCAAAUUCAAUUCUGGAAGGAUGUUUCAGAACUUUUGUUCAGUUGCAUAUAUUGGGAUGGUUGCUAUCGCCAAUUUUCAAAUGGGGUACCAGGAAUCCGCUACUCRUCGCAUGCUAUGCUUUGUUCAUGAUUUUACUGGCAUCCCAUGAAGCGUCAUCCCGAACAAAGUACACAUACGACGAUCAAUUCUUUGUGAUUGCACUUUCUCUUGUMGUCAAUGUCGGUUGGGUGGCUCUCGGGGCCUUUGGACUUGUCUUGAAACCAAAACCAWUAUGGGAUCCACGYUAUGUCCUUCCUAUUGUUGGGAUGCUGCUUGGAAAUUCCAUUAAUGGCAUUUCUAUCGCGCUCGAUACGGUCACUACGUCCUUGGUAGAGAGGCAGGCCGAGAUCGAUCUUUACCUGAGUUUUGGCGCAUCGCAGUUCGAAGCAGUUUCSGGCAUUGUCGCCCAUGCGAUUCAGAAGGGAUCCACGCCCGCUCUUAAUAUGAUGUGCGUGGUCGGCAUCGUCAGUAUUCCCGGAAUGAUGACCGGCCAAAUUCUUGGUGGAGCGAGCCCGAUGGUUGCUGCGCGUUACCAAGCCAUGAUUAUAUUUUUGAUUGCGCUCUCUACCCUAUCGACGAUUCUUGUUAGCUCGUACCWGACGAUUACCUCGAUGUUCUGCUCGCAUCAGAUUCUGAGGCCCGAACGGCUGGUCAGGAAUCACAAACGGAGCCUAGCUCGCUUGAUCAUGUGGCUUUGGGGGAGUAUUUUCGGAGSCACUGAUCAAAUCCCAAGUGGUGCAAAUAUGCUUUCGCAUGGAACCGAAUAUGUGGGACAGCCUUCGCUAAUGAAUCUACCCAACGCCAAAUUUCAGCCUUCGCUAAUGAAUCUACCCAACGCCAAAUUUCAGAUCCGUGAGUUGAAGAAAGGAUACAGCUACGGAGGCGAUGAUCUCAUGCAGGUUUUUGAGUUGAGCAAACACUUUGUUGAUCAUACAGCAGAAAUUGAUCGCUAUCGAGUUCUCUUUCGCGGUCUAUCCCUCAGUGUUAAUGAAGGAGACUUUUAUUUUGUGAGUGGACCAAACGGUUCCGGCAAAUCCCAACUCUUGCGCAUUUUAUCCGGGCUAAGCCCAUUUCAAGACGGUACCCUGMGUCUAAGAGGAAAGGAAUGGAAAGACGAUUUUGACGGAUACAAAGCGGUUGAAUGGAGAAAACAAAUCCGAUACAUUUCCCAGAGCAAGGUUCAGAUUCCAGGUACUCCACGACAGUUUAUAAAGAAGAUCCAAUCGUUCAGAUCGUGGAAUACGGACUAUGAUGCCCAUUCUCCAAAUUCAACAAUGAAGCUCAUCCUGCAGUAUGUUUUCGAGUGGGGCUUGAACGUAGACUGCCUAGAUAAAGAUUGGUCUUUUCUAUCUGGAGGAGAAUCUCAGCGGGUGCUGAUGGCAAUAGCUAUGUCCUCCCGUCCCAAAGUAUUGUUGUUUGACGAAUCAACUUCGGCAUUGGAUCCGGAAUCAAAGGCAGCAGUGGAGGCAAGCGUUAUGGAUUUUGUCGGSAAUCAUAGAGGGGGAGUAGUUUGGGUUUCUCACGACGAGCAGCAAGCAGAUCGCUUGGUGCAUCCUCCAGCCAUCGAGGAGUGCGAUGCCAAUUGAUUCCGAAAUGCUGUUAGGGCCKAGUAAAAAACGAGGAAAAUGUUGCUUUACAUUCAAUAGACCACGCGUUGYAGUAUACGUGCAAUUUUUUAAAAGACAACAAGUAUUAAUUAUCAGUUACGAUUAUUUAUUGCAGKUCAUUWUAAGUUAAAGAAAAGGUAUUUGUCUAG